AUGGCUGCUAAAAUUCUCGUAACGUCUGCAAUUUUGGUGUUACUUGUAAAUAUUUCUCAAGCUCAAUUCGGUGGCAACCGACCGGGAGGCUUCGGUGACAACCGACCCGGGGGCUUUGGUGACAACCGACCCGGAGGCUUUGGUGGUACCCAACACGGUGGUUUCGGUGGCAAUCGACCUGGUGGUGGCGGAUUUGGACAAGGAGGAUUCGGUCAAGGUGGUUUUGGUAAUGGUGGAUUUGGUCAAGGACAAGGCGGAUUCGGCCAAGGUGGAUUUGGUCCUGGUGGACAAGGAGGCUUUGGACAAGGAGGAUUUGGAUCUGGUGGACAAGGGUUUGGACAAGGCGGUUUCGGUCACGGACAAGGCGGAUUUCCCGGACAAGGUGGUUUUGGUCAAGGUGGUUUUGGUCAAGGUGGUUUUGGAAGACCUGGACGCUAUAUUAACUAA